AUGGCUAGCGCGAACAACGCAGCUGGGAGCUCUAACAACCCACGAUCAUUUGGAAGCAUCAUGAGGAGAAUGAAUAGAAACAGAGAUGCACGUCUGCCAGAAUGGUGUGAGUGCGGGUUGAGACCAGGUGCAGACUGCAGAGCUGCUAAUGAGGAUGCUGCUGUUGCUGCAGAGGCUGCUACUGCCCAACCCCUUGCUGCUAAUGGUGGUAAAGCCACCCUUGUCCCACAACCCCCACCGAAAUUCAGCUUGAACUCACGUGUCACCGAGUCCAAGUCAGCUUUUCGAUUGCGCCAGCUGGACGAAGUUAGCCGGAAGGACGAGUCUGAGUUCCGGAGUGCAACUUCAGGGAUGAAUAUGACCAAAGAAGUUUGCUAUGUUCAUCAAUUCUUUUCAAAACUUACACUAAUUAUGAAUAUUGUGACUAUUUCUCCUAAACGUCAUGAUCAGUUAAGGGUUGCUCAAGCAAAUAAUGUUGCAAACUUAAUUGCCAAUGAUCAAAUUGUGACAGAUAUCGAUCAAAGUGAAAUUAGUCUUCUAACGAGAUUAUUUGGCAGGGAUUAUGAUAUUGAAAGUGAAAGACAAAAAGGUGUGGAAGAAUUCUAUAGAUUACAACACAUUAAUCAGACAUAUGACUUUGUAAAGAAAAUGAGGGAGCACUAUAAGAAAUUGGACAAAGCAGAAAUGAACAUAUGGGAAUGUUGUGAGCUGCUUAAUGAAGUAGUGGAUGAUAGUGAUCCUGAUUUGGAUGAACCUCAAAUUCAACAUUUAUUACAAACUGCAGAAGCCAUUAGAAAAGAUUAUCCUAACGAAGAUUGGUUACAUUUGACUGCUCUCAUCCAUGAUCUCGGAAAGAUUCUUCACCUUCCUCAAUUCGGUGAACUUCCUCAAUGGGCUGUUGUUGGAGAUACCUUUCCUGUUGGUUGUGCCUUUGAUGAAAAAAAUGUUCACCACAAGUAUUUCAAGGAAAACCCAGAUAGCAAAAAUCCUGCUUAUAACACUAAAGAUGGAGUCUAUAGUAAAGGGUGUGGAUUAGACAAUGUACUCAUGUCAUGGGGACAUGAUGACUAUAUGUAUAUGGUAGCAAAGGAAAAUGGAACCACUUUACCUUCACCUGGCUUAUUCAUUAUUAGAUAUCACUCAUUUUAUCCUUUGCAUAAGGAGGGAGCAUAUACUCAUCUCAUGAGUGAAGAAGAUUUUGAGAACUUAAAGUGGCUUCACAUUUUCAAUAAAUAUGAUCUCUAUAGCAAAAGCAAAGUUUUGGUGGACGUUAAAAAAGUAAAGCCAUACUAUCAAUCACUUAUUGACAAGUAUUUUCCAGCAAAGCUUUAUUUAAUCCAAAAUAAAUUGACAAUAAUAUUUUUUUCAAUUUAA